AUGAAGAGUACUUCCCUCAUAAAAGGCGCGCGCACAACGGUGCACCCUUCCUUUCCCCAAACAAUUCCUCAACCCAGUCGCAUCUCACAACUCCAGAAGACAUGCCAUCCCUCCCUGACCAAUGGCAAGUCGAUCUACGUUGUGAGAUCAACAAAGCUUAUUAAUAUUACCUUUCGUAGGACUGCGCCGUCGACACAGAGACAAGAUUCGUACGCCGGUCCCCCCCAAUGGGAGCUAGAAGAUCUCGUCGACCCUUCCCUCUACAACGAAGAAUACCCGAUGCAGAACGACGCGGCCAAACCCCCAGCACCAACCGUCAUCGCAGAGCCUCAACCUCGGAUAGGCACUCUCAAGGGGUGGAACCAACCCCUGACCCCGCGCUACACACAGUGCAAGCCUCAGCCGCCCCAGCUGUGCAUCGAUCCGAAACUCGUCGAUCCUGGGUUUGUCCACGUCGCGCGCGAGUGGCCCGAGGAAGAACAAGAAACCACGCCAUCCAGGAAGCGCAAGAAUCCAGCAAGGAGGGCGACUCAGGCCCGGGGCGCGGACACGGGAAGCCCGAAGAAGAAGGCCAGGAGCACUCCUACAAAGCCGAAGGCUGGGACGAGCAAAGCUGCUGUCAGAGGUAGCACCAGUCCACGAAAGAAGGGACGCAAGUAA